GAGUGAUAUGGGACGUUUGUUGUAACGUUGGUUAAUUUUGGAACCUGCGGUCCCCUUUCACUGGUACAGCAUGAGGCUCAAGCUAGUUAUUAGCUUCGUGUUCCGCGCCCGUGGUUUCCCGGGUUCCCUCUUGCACGAACGUGCUUGCAUGAAUGGACGCAAACAGCUCGUCGAGUAGGUCGUUGCUGCCGCGGAUCCACACCAUCAUCUGCUCCAGCGGGUAACAGCUGCAGGUGUCCGAUGUUUCCUCGCCGCUCCCUGCGUCAGGCCCACAUGAGGAGGCUGCAGUAGUGCCCCCGGGUGAUGGCGACAAUGGCGGCGUCCUCUCCUCAAUGUCCAUCCCUACGCAAAGAGGGACGCGGUUCUUGCCAAGCUGUUGGACAUUAUUUUUGUGCUGCUUCGGUAAACACUGCCAGAGGCGAUACCCGCUGCUCCGAUGGGUGAAAGUGCGCACUUGGAGUACUGUGGCAGAAUGCCCACUUCCAGUCUGCAUCUAGAGGGAGAGUGGAACGGUGCUUUUCAAGUUGAAGAAGAGCAAGGUGAAGAGUUUGCCACUCCGGCUUCCUUGGUCUGGCAUUCUGGAGAUGCAGAAGAUCUCUUCAGUUCCCACGGGCACCUUUAUGCGGACCAAACCGCAUUCGUUGUUGUGAAGAAAGAGCCAGAGGAUGUAUGGCCUACUUUAACGGCUGAAAGCGUGCUCCUUGACGACUGCGGCGAAAUGUCAAAAUUUCCAAUGCAACUGGAGGGACUCAUGGACACUUCUAUUGCAGUAAAGGAAGAACCAGGGGACGUACCACCCAGUUCAACAACCGAAAGUGUGCUCCCUGACGAUUACGGCACUACGUCCGAAUGCCCGCCGCAACUGGAGGAACACAAAGACUGUGCCAUUGAAGUCAAGGAAGAGCCAGCUGAUGUAGAAUGGCGUUGCUCCGACUACGAAGAGGGCAGCAGCUCUUCUGCCCAAGAACGGUGGGACCAGGGACAGCAGGAGGAACAAGAUGGGCCCAAGAGCAACGACUGCCGCUUCUGCCCUUUCUCCAGUCUUUCCAAAAGUAGAAUCACGGUGCACGAAAGGACACACACGGGAGAACGGCCCUUCACCUGCAACCACUGCCAGAUUGCAUUCACUACCAGGCGGGGCUUGAUUGCUCAUGCAAGCACUUUUGGAGACAAAGAACACUUUAAAUGCUCUGCGUGCUCGCGUGUAUUUCUGCAGAAGGAUCGCUUGCUUGCUCACGAGAAGAUCCACGCGCGUGAAAAGCGUUACAAAUGUGACACUUGCGGCAAAAGAUUCCAAUGGAAAAACGGCUUCAGACGUCACCAGGACGUACACAUGAAUGCAAAUCGCAUUAAAUGUGCGACAUGUUCGCGGACAUUUCGGUCGAAGCAGAACUUGAAGAUGCACCUCGUCCGCAACAUCUGCAGGGAGGUGAAUGCUCUUGAUAGUACUGAUAUACUAGAUAUAAGGCCUUUUCAAUGCUCCAAGUGCCCCAAAGCUUUCAAAGAAAAAUGCCACUUGGCAUCUCAUCAAAAGUCUCACAUGAGUGAAAGCCUCUUUAAAUGUCCCAGAUGUCCCAAAGCAUUUCAGAUUGAGUCUCAUAUGACUGCUCAUAAGAUGACAAGGCCUUUUAAGUGCCUCACCUGCCCUAAAGCGUUUCAUUCAAAGUGUGGCUUGAUAGACCAUGAAAGAGUUCACAUGACUGAAAGACCCUUUAAAUGCCCUGCGUGCCCCAAAGCAUUUCGAACAAAGUCUCAUUUGACUGGUCAUAAGCUAACUCACACAAAAGAAAGGCUCUUCAAAUGUGCCUACUGCCCUAAGGCAUUUCAAACAAAGUAUAAUUUGACUGCUCAUAAGGUAACUCACACGGAUGAAAGGCCCUUUAAAUGUCCCAUCUGUCCUCAAGGGUUUCGAAGGAAGCGUACCUUGACAUAUCAUAAAAUGGUUCACACGGGUGAAAAGCCCUUUCAAUGUAAUUUUUGCAACAAAGGCUUUCGAAAAAAAUGUUAUUUGUCUGCUCAUGAAAGAAUCCAUGACAACCGUAAAUAAAGAGGUUGGCUGUACAAAGAAAGGUCCAGGAACAGUCGUCAAGAGUCAGGCACACGGAUAAGAGGCAAGUUAAAUGUGGCAUCUUCCCUUGAGCCUCGAGCAUUGUGAAGGAAGUGGCGAUUCACUUUGUGAGAAGAUGGCUUUUGUAGAUAGAAAGCAAUAAACUCCACCCACGUUAAAAAAAAAAAAAUUCUAAAAUGGCAGUUAACCGAAAUUAAAAAGCUUUCGUUGAUGACACCCUUUAAACGUCCCACUUGGCCUAAAAGGUUAUGUACAAAGUAAACCUACUGAUAAUGAAAGGACUUGCAUGGGUGAAGUACUCUUCCCUUUCCCUCUCGGAGAGAGAGAUUAGCUUCCUGCGAGGGUGGAAAGUCCCCCAGCCCACACGGCACUAGAGCUUAAAGGUUUGGAAAAACAGUGGCAAACAAAAACAACCCCGGAAAGCCACCCUCUGUUCUUAUUCUCGUCUUCUGUUCUUGCUUGACCCUCUGGUGCUCUGGUCCGUCCUGCGCCUUCCCCAAGGAAUUCCAAUGACCCCCCCCCCCCUUCCCCCGCUCUCCGCCGCAACCCCCAACAGCACAAAGCGACGCGAGGUGUCAUCCACGAGAGAGGCGACACAGACCAGACCACACCGUGGACCAGAGUUUCGACUGCCCGCUGUGCUCGCCCCGCAACGGUCUCCCUGUGUUUCUUACACCUCCACUCAUCCCUCUCCCACCUUUCCCCAUCGCCUCCCCAAGUCGAGCUCUGAGCGGCGAGCCGCCCCAGUAAAUCUCUAGUUGCAAGUCGAAAGCUGUGUCGUCUGUUUUGUCCUCUUGUGUGUUUCUUUCGUUUUAAGUCAAUGCCUCACCUUCUCUAAUUCAUUUUAUAGCCCCUUCUCGUGGCAAAUAGCCAACGAUCGCCGAGCGGAUUCCUGUGUCUUUUCAAGAUGCCAACGAAAUUCGCUUGUGCCCCUGGUAGAUCUGAAGCCAGUGGAGAGCUCACCAGGCGGCUUAAAUCAAUCCGUCGGAAAGGGGCUGAGCUCAUCGAGCGACCUGAAGAAGUUUUCUGCGCUUCAUUUUUUUUUCGAGGAGUUCAAUCUGUUCCCGCUCGCAAUAGUUCAGUUUCGAUAUUUGCAUUUGCGAUGUUGGGGCAACCAUGAAGGCAGCUGCACCAGUAGUACCUGACAAUAGAAGUUAUGAAAAUAAUGCGGUGUUGUUACAAGCUUCAAUAAGAGCUGUUCGAAGGUCGGCAAAGUGAUACAUGGCGGUACCGAGGCGUUGACAUUCUGGGCAAAUGGACGGAGUUGCGAUCAAGAUGCGUAAAAAGUCAGUUUUACUUGGGGGCAUGCUUAUCAUUCUGCGGGAAGGAUACGUCAAUUGGUUGCCUCAUAAGCCAAGGCAAUAAAUAUGAGCCGCUCUUGUCCAGCAUGGUGUACGCGGGGCUGGUGGUGAGUCUUCGGAGGGCAGCAGGGGUGGUGAGAACAGAUGGAACAGUGCCAGCUAGCAGACCAGCUACAUCUGCUGCAUUGUGUGCCCCAGAGCAGUCAGAAGCUUAGAAUCCCAAAUCUGCGAGCGCUUGUUAUUUGCAAGGGAAAGGGGUGAUUAAACAAAGGGCCAUUUGAAUGCUCAUAAAAGAUGAAUGAAAGGCUCUUCAAUGAUCAUGAAGGACUUUAAGACAAUAAUGGCCUGUAAUUGUGGAACAUGUGAGACAGUUUGGAGAUAGAGAUGGAGCAAGGAGACAUUGCUCUUUGGAAUAUACCAUACUAAAAGACAAACAGAUAUUUUAAAUUGUUUUUUUGAAUAGUGACAAGCACUUAUCAUCUUGUCGGGAAUGUAUUUUAUGAGAUAAGUCUUAUCUCGAAAUAUGGACUUCAAAACUUAAUAAAAUGGGUCUGUGCAACUUGUUUUGCUAUUAACUCGGAAUGAACUAUUUACACUGCUAUUGUAUGGAAGCCAUCUCUCCCCUUCCACUCAUCCAAUCUUCAUAUAUUUUUUUUCGGGUAGGUGAAUGUGCAAUGUUUGAAGUAAGGGCUAUAAACAUGGUAAAUAUGACAUCAAGCCUUUUUUUAGAUGCCUUCACUUUCUGCAGUAAGUAGUCUUGAAACAGAAAUAUUUAAGUGUUAUACAGAAAAACUUGUAUAUCGUCAUUAAAAUGGCAAUUUGGGCUAGCUGGUUCGCUAUGCACACCGUUAUUUGGUGACACAAGAAUUUUGGCUAGGUAUUCCAAUCGGUAAUUUAGGGAGCUACACGAGGCAUUUGAAAUAAAAGAAAAAAGCAUAGAUUGUAUUAAUGAUGCAUAUGCGUCAUAAUCGGCGAAAGAGCGCGUGCUUUUGUGAAAGGAUCAGCACCCGAUGUAGGAGUGACUGUAUUUUACCAUGAGUAUAUGAGAUAAGUUUUCAAUAAAUGUUAGUUGGGAGUGCACCCUG